CUCCUCCCCCUUCCCCGCUCUCGCGCUCCUUCUCCCCCCCCUAAUUUCCCCCCCACCCGCCUCCCUGUCAGUGCGGUGGCUGCGCUGGGAAACAUGGCGUCGGAGGGGAUGAUUUUAACGAACCACGACCACCAAAUCCGCGUCGGGGUCCUCACAGUGAGUGACAGUUGCUUCAGGAACCUUGCAGAGGAUCGUAGUGGGAUAAACCUUAAAGACCUCGUCCAAGAUCCUUCUUUGUUAGGCGGGACUGUGUCUGCAUACAAGAUAGUGCCAGAUGAAAUAGACGAAAUCAAGGAGACAUUGAUAGACUGGUGUGAUGAAAAGGAGCUUAACUUGAUUUUAACUACUGGAGGAACAGGGUUUGCGCCAAGGGAUGUCACACCAGAGAAAUUCCCAACAUUCCCAUUUUGUGGGCUCCAGAGAGGGGCUACUAAAGAAGUAAUAGAACGAGAGGCCCCAGGGAUGGCCUUGGCAAUGCUGAUGGGAUCACUUAAUGUUACACCUCUGGGCAUGCUCUCUAGACCUGUAUGCGGAAUCAGAGGAAAAACUCUUAUAAUUAAUCUUCCAGGUAGCAAGAAGGGGUCCCAGGAAUGCUUUCAGUUUAUACUGCCAGCCCUACCUCAUGCCAUUGACCUUUUGCGGGAUGCCAUUGUAAAAGUAAAAGAGGUGCAUGAUGAACUUGAAGAUCUACCUUCACCACCACCACCUCUUUCUCCACCUCCAACCAUCAGCCCACACAAGCAGACAGAAGACAAAGGUGUACAGUGUGAGGAAGAGGAGGAAGAGAAAAAAGAUAGUGGAGUUGCUUCAACAGAGGAUAGUUCCUCCUCACAUAUAACUGCUGCAGCCAUUGCAGCUAAGAAGCAUCCAUCCUACACCAGUUCUGCUGUUAUCAUGGCAAAAGGUGAACAUCCCAUUCCUGGUCUCAUCUGUUAUUCCCAUCACGCAUCAGGCAGUGCAGGAAAACCGAUUCCAGAUUCCAUCAUAUCUCGUGGUGUUCAGGUGCUUCCACGAGACACGGCCUCACUUAGCACUACCCCUUCAGAAUCUCCUCGUGCACAGGCCACCUCUCGCCUCUCCACUGCUUCCUGCCCAACACCAAAACAAAUUAGACGCCCGGAUGAAAGCAAAGGAGUUGCUAGUAGAGUUGGAUCCCUCAAACUCCAUCGAAAGCUGGAGGAGCUCAGAGAUCACCUAGAAGGAAAUGUCAAAGGAUGCUCUCUCCGAGUAAAUGCUCGGCUCCCUUCGUGCUCAUCCACCUAUAGUGUUUCUGAGGUCCAAUCCAGGUGCAGCAGUAAGGAGAAUAUCCUCAGAGCCAGUCAUAGUGCUGUAGACAUUACAAAGGUGGCAAGAAGACACCGUAUGUCUCCAUUUCCAUUAACAUCUAUGGACAAAGCCUUCAUCACAGUGCUGGAGAUGACCCCAGUGCUUGGAACAGAAAUAAUAAAUUAUCGAGGUAUUUCAUAUAACCUCAAACAUCCAGAAAGUAAGGAAGAUGGAAUGGGCAGAGUCCUUGCCCAAGAUGUUUAUGCAAAAGACAACCUACCACCCUUCCCAGCUUCAGUAAAAGAUGGCUAUGCUGUCAGAGCUGCUGAUGGACCUGGGGAUCGUUUCAUCAUUGGGGAAUCCCAAGCUGGUGAACAACCAACUCAAACUGUAAUGCCUGGUCAGGUAAUGAGAGUUACAACUGGUGCUCCAAUACCCUGUGGUGCUGACGCUGUGGUGCAGGUGGAAGACACAGAACUCAUCAGGGAAUCAGAUGAUGGCACCGAAGAACUUGAGGUGCGCAUUCUGGUGCAGGCUCGACCAGGCCAAGAUAUCAGACCUAUAGGACAUGACAUUAAAAGAGGUGAAUGUGUGCUGGCCAAGGGAACCCAUAUGGGUCCAUCAGAGAUAGGUCUCCUAGCAACUGUUGGAGUAACAGAAGUUGAAGUUAACAAGUUUCCAGUGGUUGCAGUAAUGUCCACAGGGAAUGAACUAUUGAAUCCUGAAGAUGACCUGCUACCAGGAAAGAUUAGAGACAGUAAUCGUUCAACUCUUCUAGCAACAAUUCAAGAACAUGGGUACCCAACAAUCAACUUGGGGAUUGUGGGAGAUAAUACCUUUGAACUCAUUGGCCAGAACUCUGGAAGUCCAGAUGAUUUACUUAAUGCCUUGAAUGAGGGUAUCAGUCGUGCUGAUGUAAUCAUCACAUCAGGAGGUGUGUCCAUGGGUGAAAAGGACUAUCUUAAACAGGUGCUGGACAUUGAUCUUCACGCUCAGAUUCACUUUGGCAGGGUUUUUAUGAAACCAGGGUUGCCAACAACCUUUGCAACUUUGGACAUUGAUGGUGUAAGAAAAAUAAUAUUUGCACUCCCAGGGAAUCCUGUGUCAGCAGUUGUUACCUGCAAUCUUUUUGUUGUCCCAGCACUGAGGAAGAUGCAGGGAAUCCUGGAUCCUCGUCCCACUAUCAUAAAAGCCAGGUUAUCAUGUGAUGUGAAAUUGGACCCUCGUCCAGAAUACCAUCGGUGCAUACUGACUUGGCAUCACCAAGAACCACUGCCUUGGGCACAAAGUACAGGGAACCAGAUGAGCAGUCGUCUGAUGAGUAUGCGCAGUGCCAAUGGACUGUUGAUGCUACCUCCAAAGACAGAGCAGUAUGUGGAACUUCAUAAGGGCGAGGUGGUUGAUGUCAUGGUCAUUGGAAGACUAUGAUGUCACCAGCAAGAGAGAAGUUUUGAUGCAUGUCCACAUAUCAUUGACUGUAUCCUGUAAUAUGCAACGGCACAGCUAGUUUUUCUGAUUUGGAUAAAAGUUGAUCAGUAUAGUCAACACCUUGAACUAUAUUUCAAAUGAAUUUAAAUAAAUACCUUUUAAAAAAACUUUAAAAACAAAUCUUAAAGAAAUCUAUUCUGAUUAUAUCAAAGCAACUUUUUCCUUUCUUGCAAUUGCUUUGUGUGUUCAAUGCUAGUUCUGAUAGCGGUAGCUUUUAGUAGACAGCAGUAGGUGCCUGCAGAACUUGUGUUUUUUCUCAUCUUUAAGAUACAAAUACUUAUGCUCUUAAAACAAGGCUGUCUGCUUAUUUAUACUAGCGUAGACAACACUUGGAUUUCCCUUAUUAGUAUGCUUCAUAACCGCUUCACAGAAAGCUUCUGCUUGUUCUUUAUCUUGUAUCUCGUGUUGAUGUGCACAGUGCCAAAAGCAGAGUGGCUGCAUUGGGAACCCGACCAAGCCCCGAGGUUUUCACCCCUUGCUGCGCGUUCAGGGAUAUCUGUCAUCCCAGCAGCCACCCAGCUCAGUACUAUUGGGCAGUAACUGGAUACCUUUUGUUUAAACAAACAACAAAAAUUGCUUCCUUAAGUGCUGACAGCCUUUUUAACCAAUACAUUUAAAAAUGUACAGAAUUAAAAUCUUAAAAAAUCAAAGACUGAUCUUGUACAGAUAUUAGUGUUACCAGCAUUCGUGUGGAAAUUAAAUGAGAAAAGAAAUAAAACUAAUGUUAAACAACUCUGUACCAUAACAUUUUCUGUAAUGAUACUGAAACUUAAAUGAAUAAAAAAAAAUCCUGGAUCAUUAUUUAAAAGGU